AUGGCUCGAAGAUUUUUAAACGUACGGUCUAAUCUCCUUACUGGCUUAACUAUUGCAAGAAGGUACCAUUUCAAUUUGGUCAAUUUAAAAGUUGGGAUUACGAGGGAAGUGGCUUUGCAUCCUCAUUCUGAUAAACUAUACGUAUCACAAAUACAAUUGGCCUGCAAUGAAACUAAACAAGUUUGCAGUGGAUUGAGAGGGAUAAUCCCCAAAGAAUCAUUUGAGAAUAAGUUGGUGGUUGUAGUGGAUAAUAUGAAAAAAUGUAAACUUAGGAGAGAAGUAAGUGAAGCAAUGGUGUUAUGUGGCCAAGGAUCUGAAGGUGAUGUACAACUGUGCAGACCUGCUAAUGAUUCAGAAACUCUAUUGGGUCGCAACAUCUUGUUAGAAGGUCCGGGGGAAUCGGAACUUCCUCCGACCAGAAAGAUCAAGCCAAAGGAAUGGGAAUCCAUUAGCUCGAGACUGUACGUUGGUGAUCAAAAUGUCGUUGUAUAUAGACAAGAAGAUGGUGUGGAAAAAAGGCUACUCGUUGAUGGUGUGCCCAUAGUUGUUGAUGAUCUUCCUAGAGGAAGCGCCGUUCGAUAG